UCCAGCUUCUAGAAGUUUCUUUCCCGGAGUAUAUAGGCCUCUGCGAGCAGCAGCUCAGCAGCAUCCGAGAUAAGAAGAGGAGCACAUCCGAACAGCUGUCCAAGGUAAUUCUUGGGGAAAAUGCUAUCCUUGCACAAUGUUUUGAAAAUGCUUUGAAAGUGCUUUAUUUUGCAUGCUGAAAAGGUUACUACACACAGGGUCAGAGAAUUCUCUUCUUACAGCUUGUUUUGCUUUGUUUUGUUUGUAUGACUGAUUUGCAUUUUAAAAGCGAUUUACAGACAACCCAAUGUAUAUUGAACUAAAUGUUACAUUUAUUUGUAUUGAUAGCAAGAAAAAUAAGAAAAGUUUCAUUCUGUUGGGUUUUCUUUCUUUGCUUUUCUAAUAGUAUUUAUUUUAUUUAUUUUUACUUUUUGCCAUCUUAUGUAAAAUUAGCCAUGAAUGAAAACUCCAAGAUGUCAGUUUACAUAUAAUGCCCUUUUUUAUGUGCAAUUAAGGAUAUCCUUACUGUAGCAUGUUAGUCCAGAUCUGUGUACAUGCAUUAGUUAAUAAGUUGUAAAAUGAUAAUUAGGAUCUUACAUGUUAGAGUAUUCACUAAAAAAUUUUCAGUCGCUCAAAAUUUCAUAGGGAAUUAUCCAUAGGAUAGUGGAAUUUUCCAUAGGGAGUGGUUUCAACUUAGCCCUGAACAAUGCUUCCUCUGGAAAUCAGAUGCUGGUCUACUGUGGAAAUUCUGAUAGGCCAAAAGUUUCCCCCUAAGAUCUUAUAGCCAAUGAGAAGAGUCUACAAGUCAUUCUUUCUCUGUGUGCAUGAAUUGCCAAAAUAGGAGUUCUCAACCUGAAAUAAAACUUUUGCUUACUUAAGGGGAGAAAUAAGAAGUACAAGUUUUUUUGUGUGCACAUUUUACAAGUGUAUAAAAAUAUAUAUUGUGUGUGUACAUUACCAAAAUGCACCUCUUGUCUUUCAGAGUGAAAAUCAUUGACAACUAUGAGUAUGAAAACCUAUCGAGGCUUCCAUUGCAACCCAAACACGCAGCAAGCAUGUGGGUCUCCAAACUCAUUGCUCUGUGCCUUUUGGCUGUGGCCGUGUCUAGUGAGGACAAGAAGCUGAGCAGCCAUGCAACCUCUAUGGCAGACACCAGCGCCAGCCUGGCCUUCAAUCUCUACCACAAUGUUGCCAAAGAGAAGAACCUAGAAAACAUCCUCAUCUCUCCUGUGGUGGUGGCUUCCUCUUUGGGAAUGGUUGCCAUGGGGGGGAAAUCUUCCACUACUUCCCAGGUGAAGAGUCUCCUGAAGGCUGAUGCCCUGAAAGAUGACCAUCUCCACACAGGCCUGUCCGAGCUUCUAACUGAGGUGAGUGACCCACAGGCCCGUAAUGUCACGUGGAAGAUCAGCAAUAGGCUCUAUGGCCCCAGCUCCAUCAGCUUUGCAGACGACUUUGUCAAGAACAGCAAGAAGCACUACAACUACGAACACUCGAAGAUCAACUUCCGUGAUAAGAGAAGCGCCAUUAACUCAAUCAACGAAUGGGCGGCCAAGUCAACUGAUGGCAAGCUGCAAGAAGUUACCAAAGAUGUGACAAACACAGAUGGGGCCAUGAUUGUCAAUGCCAUUUUCUUCAAACCCCACUGGGAUGAGAAGUUCCACCACAAGAUGGUUGACAACCGUGGUUUCCUGGUUACCCGUUCUCACACUGUUUCUGUUCCAAUGAUGCAUCGCACAGGUAUCUAUGGCUUCUAUGAGGAUAAAGAGAACAAGCUCUUUGUGUUGGACAUGCCUUUGGCACAUAAGAUGUCCAGCAUGAUUUUCAUCAUGCCCUACCACACAGAGCCUCUGGAGAGGUUGGAGAAACUGCUUACUCGCCAACAGUUGGAGACCUGGAUCAGCAAGCUCGAGGAGAGAGCCGUAGCCAUAUCUCUGCCUAAAGUUAGCAUGGAAGUCAGCCAUGACCUUCAGAAACAUCUUGGAGAACUUGGUCUUACUGAGGCUGUGGAAAAGUCUAAGGCAGAUCUAUCCAACAUUUCUGGCAAGAAAGAUCUUUACCUGGCCAACGUCUUCCAUGCUUCUGCCUUCGAGUGGGACACAGAGGGCAAUCCAUUUGAUACCAGUAUUUACGGUAGCGAAAAGAUCAGGAACCCCAAGCUCUUCUAUGCUGACCAUCCCUUUAUUUUCCUAGUGAAAGACAACAAGACCAAAUCCAUCCUUUUCAUUGGCAGGCUAGUUCGGCCCAAGGGUGACAAAAUGAGGGAUGAAUUGUAGUUCUCAAGGGGAUUAAGUUUAAUUCUAUUUGUAUGGUACUUCAAAAUUGUAUUAUUGUUAUUGUAUGGUGUGACUUACCUCAUGUGCACAUUCCAAUGGAUAAUCUGUGUAUGUACAAUCUAGUUGAACUUCUCUGCCAGUGACGUCAAGAACAAAAUCAUAAUUUGAAGGAGAUAGGUGUUUUAAAGGCUUUUUAAAUGCCAGUUUUAACAAUUCAUCAGGAGCAAUGCAAUCCUAUAAGUGAGAGAUUAGAACCCCACAAAUUUACCCAGAGGUUUGACAUCAAUUCGCUCAUGUGGCUAAUUCAGUCAGAUAUUAUACUUAUAUUAAGUAUAGUGCAAUUAAUGUUAGGCUGUGGUAUUGUGGUAUUUAUGAGGGUGCUUAUAGAAUGUGCAUGUUAAAUCUGUGUAGGGUCUUACCUUAUCUUUAAUGUUUAAAGGGAAAAGGCACCUCUAUCAUAGCGUUUAUCAAUCUCAAUCUCACUUCCUCCCAUCAAAAACACCCUGUUUGGGAUCUUUGUUGUCUUGACUCCUGCACUGUACCUUUCUAAGUUUCUACUAAACUUUUCAAUUUGUCAGAUGUCAUGUUAUGAUUAAAAAAAUGUAUACCAUGUGGGAAAGCGUGCAAAUUUUUUUCUCUUUAACUAUUCUUUCUCUUUUUUUCAAUAA